AUGGCCCUGCCCUUUGUGAUGGUGUUGCCCUUGCUGAUCAUCGUGGCAGCAGGGGUGUACUACAUCUACAAUGAGGUCACGCACUACAUGUCCAAGUCCUUGGUGCGAAAUAAAGUGGUGGUGAUCACGGAUGCUGUGUCCGGGGUGGGGACUGAGUGUGCCCACCUCUUCCAUAAAGCCGGCGCCAGACUUAUCCUGUGUGGAACUACCUGGGAUAAACUGGAGUCUCUGUUUGAUUCUCUAACGAGUGACGCUGACCCCAGAGAGACGUUUGCCCCCAAACUGGUGAUCUUGGACUUUAGUGACAUGGACAGCAUUGAGGAUGUGUUGGCCGAGGUGUUGGAGUGUUACGGCUGUCUGGACGUGCUGGUCUGUAACAGCAGCGUGAAGCUGAAGGCCCCCGUACAGAGCACCUCCCUGGAAAUGGACAGAAACAUCAUGGACAUCAACUAUUUUGGCCCCAGCACCCUGGCCAAAGGUGUUCUUCCAACAAUGAUCUCCAGACGAUCGGGGCACAUUUUGCUGGUGAAUAGCAUCCAAGGCAGACUGGCCAUCCCAUUCAGAAGUUCAUAUGCCGCAUCCAAGCAUGCUGCGCAGGCCUUCUUUGACUGCCUGCGGGCAGAAGUGGAGGAGUAUGGCAUAAUUGUCAGCACCAUAAGUCAUACCUUCAUCAACGCCUCCGAGCCUGUGGGGGAACCCGCCCCCAAGCAAAACGCCCUGGCUGCAUUUAUUGCUAGACAGAUGACCCAUGGUUUGCGCCCGUCAGUCCUGGCCAAUGAGGUUAUGCAAACGGUAAACAGAAAGAGGAAGGAGGUUGUGCUGGCCCACCCCAUCCCCAGGGUGGCCCUCUACCUCCGCUCCCUUUUUCCCCCUUUCCUCUUUGCUGUGCUGGCGUCUGGAGUGAAGGACUCAGUGUUGGAUGGGUAG